GAGAGCUCAAUAAAAACCUUCCACCCAUCGGUCUAGGAGGAUAAGAGCAAGAUACUAUUAACAAGUGCAGGAAAUGGAUUUCGGGGUUCCAAUGUCAGUCUAUCUCUUGAUCAAUGGAGGCUAGCCUGCUAAAGAUGCCUUUCCCCUGCUUCACACAGCAAUGACAGCGGUGACUGGAGAGGCAGCCAGCACGAUAAGCCCCCCAGUCACAGCCCAGCAGAGUAACUGGACAGUUAACAAAACAGAAGCUGACUACACAGAAGUACCCAUAGCCUUGAAGUUCUCACAUCCUUGCCUGGAAGACCACCACAGUUACUGCAUCAAUGGUGUCUGUGCAUUCCACCAUGAGUUGGAGAAAGCCAUCUGCAGGUGUUUUACUGGUUAUACUGGAGAAAGGUGUGAGCAUUUGACCUUAACUUCAUAUGCUGCGGAUUCUUAUGAAAAAUACAUCGCAAUUGGAAUUGGCGUUGGAUUACUAUUAAGUGGUUUUCUUGUUAUUUUUUACUGCUACAUAAGAAAGAGGUAUCUAAAAUUGAAAUCACCUUACAAUAUCUGUUCCGGAGGAAGACCACUGUGAAGCCUUUGUAAGAAAUUUUCAUGAGGCAUUGGUGUAAAUCAGUGGGCCCCAAACUGAAAUCUUCAAGUGAAACAACAAAACUUUCCAGGCUGACUAGAAAGUUGGGAUCGUGGUGAAAUGAGAGAAUAAAUUUCAACGUUGGUGCUUAGACUCUGUCAUCGUUAAAGCACCGUGGGAGCCAAGGGAACAAGCUACAGUGACAGAAGUCAAGUUCACAGCCCUACUCUGGGUUUGCUGCUUCUGUGUGGUUUUUGUUCUCCCUAUGGGAUACUGAGUUGUACGCUUCUGACUACGUCAGAUGUGAAUUCUCAUGACAAUAAUUAUCAACUAUGCAGUUGUUAGGGGAAGCGCACUGACUGAAACCGCACACCCUGGCCAGGCGCCACAGUAAGCAUUUGCAUGAGCUGUUUUAUGACAGAAGGUCCUGGUAAGGAACAGGGAACUAAUAAGCCUCCACCAACCAGAAGAGUUCGGGAAAGGUCAAAAGGAAACACCAGCUGUCCGUCCACCUCCCAGAAU